ACGCUUAUCAAGAAGUACUACAACAUCGGACUUGGAUAGAUAUUUAUUCAAUCUUCUUGAAAAAAGGCUCAUUUUUUCUGCAAAAAUAGUUUUGUGGUGAAAAAAUGGCGUCUACAAGUGCUUUCACAGCUGGGAUUUCAAAUCUUCAUAGCUUCAACAAACCGUGUCCUAAUGCAAAUCAAGUUGGUAUGUGGACUUUAUCAAGAUCUGGCUGUCGAAAGGUUUUAGAUAAUCCCAGACCUCUGCAAAUAUGUUCUCUGUUUGGAGGGAAAAAGGACAAUAAUGAGCAGAACAAUGAUGCUCCUUCAAAGGCAGGUCUUUUUGGCAACAUGCAAAACUUAUACGAGACGGUGAAGAAGGCACAAAAUGUAGUUCAAGUUGAGGCAGUGCGAGUACAAAAAGAGCUUGCUUUAGCAGAGUUUGAUGGAUACUGUGAAGGUGAACUAAUCAAGGUAACACUGUCUGGGAAUCAGCAACCAAUACGCACUGAAAUUACUGAGGCUGCCAUGGCAUUAGGCCCAGAAAAACUCUCACUUCUGAUUACAGAGGCAUACAAGGAUGCACAUCAGAAAAGUGUACUGGCAAUGAAGGAAAGAAUGAGUGAUCUUGCUCAGAGCUUGGGAAUGCCAGCAGGCCUUGGUGAAGGAUUCAAACAGUAAAAAUUGUCUUCAUUGAGUUUCAAUUUUGUACACUAGCAGACACUAAGUUUAUUUGCAUUAAAAUUAUGAAUACAAUUUUUAUUAUUAUUGUAAUUUAUUGGUAAGAUUAUGCACUCUAAAAACUUUGGAUUGAAAGUUUAAAUUCUUUUAUUUUAUAGUGAAAUGGAAUUAUCAAA